CUACCUAGUACCUACCUACCUGUAGUUGCAAAGACAGCGCCUUUCAUUUAUGUAACGAUUUCUCCUUUGCUACUGAUGACUUAUUUAUUACAACAUUUUUUUGUCAUAAACUUAUGUUAAAAACAGUACAAUAUAAUGUCUUUAACUUCUACUAUGGCAUAUGCCCUGCUGAUACUUUCUAUACUGAGCAUUAUUGUUGAUGUUAAAACAAUUAUACCUCAUACUCAACUCAAAACUUCUACCGUAUCAUUGAAUGAAAGUAGCACUGAAUAUGAUUAUUCUCAGACAACAAAGGAUACCGUCAAAGCAGUAAAUAAUUCCCGCCUAUAUAAUACAUCUAAAUUCGAAGGAGUGACGCAAAGUCCACCGCAUUUCGAUAGUUUGCCACUUAUACGAACAUCUACUGAGUUUACGCUCCUGGUAGAAAAUACCUCUGACGCAUUACCGGAAGAAAAUUGCACUUCGACGACUAUGUCGACCACAACCUAUUCCGCUGAUAUCGAAAACGGUAAUCAUGAUAUGCCCAACGAAGAAGAAGUGGCGCACAGUCUACUAGAAUUCAAUAAGAAAACACUUUUACGAGUACCUGAUUUGUUUUUGGUUCAGAUCGAAAAUGUCGAAUUUAAUACCUUUGAAGAAACACUGGAAGAAAAUAGCACUUCGACGACUAUGUCGACCACAACCUAUUCUGCUGAUAUCGAAAACGGUAAUCAUGAUAUGCCCAACGAAGAAGAAGUGGCGCACAGUCUACUAGAAUUCAAUAAGAAAACACUUUUACGAGUACCUGAUUUGUUUUUGGUUCAGAUCGAAAAUGUCGAAUUUAAUACCUUUGAAGAAACACUGGAAGAAAAUAGCACUUCGACGACUAUGUCGACCACAACCUAUUCUGCUGAUAUCGAAAACGGUAAUCAUGAUAUGCCCAACGAGGAAGAAGUGACGCAAAGUCCACCACAUUUCGAUAGUUUGCCACUCAUACGAACAUCUACUGAGUUUACGCUUCUGGUAGAAAAUUACGAAUUCAAUACCUCUGACGCAUCACCGACAGAAAAAAGCACUUAUGUAAACCCUUCGACGACGAUGCAGUCCACAACCGACUCUGUUGAUAUCGAAAACGAUCCUCACAAUAUGUCAAAUCAGGAAGAAGUGCUUCCAGUCGGAACACACGAAUUCAACGAUACAUCUGACACACUGUUAAAAAAGAACAACACUGAUAUUGAUUCUUCGUCAACGACAAUAACAAAAUCAGUUACACACAAUUUAUCAGCCGUCGAUGGUACGAAUAUUUUACCUCUUGUUAUCAAAACACAUAUUAUAAACAACACUUCUAGUAAACCAUUAACAAAGAACAAUACUCGUAUACACCCGUCGAAAGUUAUUUUGACGACCGAUUCUACAGAUACCGAAAUUCCUCCAUUUAAUAUGUCCAACUAUAAAGAUGUGUGUGGGAGACAACUUAUUAAAAUGGCUAGAAUAGUCGGAGGCAAUAAAGUUUCUUUUGGCGAAUGGCCGUGGCAGAUUUCAUUAAGACAUCAAAAACAGUCUAUACACAAAUGUGGGGCCGUAUUAAUUAAUGAAAACUGGGCUAUAACUACUGCUCACUGUGUUAUAAACGUUCCAGUAACAGACAUACACCUCGUGUUUGGUAAAUACAAUUUUUUGGUGAAAGAUGAACCUUACGGUAACGUAACUAGGAAACUGCAGACAGUAAUUACACACCCAAAGUUUAAGUCAAAUGAAACGAAUUACGACUUGGCACUAUUGAAAUUUGACAAACCUGUCAAAUUUCAACCGAACAUCUUACCAGUUUGCAUUCCAGAAGACGACUUUAAUUUUGUAGGAUAUUCUGCUCGUGUCACUGGUUGGGGAACUUUGUAUUAUGAAUUUAUAUAUUUUCAACUUUAUAUUAACAAGAAUACAAAAUCAAAUGUAAUAGGCGGACAUUGGCCUACUAUUCUACAAGCAGUAACAGUUCCAGUGGUCAGCAAUUCCGUUUGCGAACGUAUGUUCCUUGCGGCUGGAUAUGUAAAGAAAAUACCGGACACGUUUAUCUGCGCGGGUACGGAAAAAGGAGGUUUCGAUGCGUGCAAAGGAGACUCGGGUGGACCUAUGGUCGUACAGAGACCUGACAAACGCUGGUUAGUGGCGGGUAUCACAUCGUGGGGCAUGCGAUGUGGCGAACCAAAUAGUCCUGGAGUGUACAUGAGAAUCUCAAAGUUCAAAGACUGGAUUAAUCAAAUAAUAUUACAAUUUUAAUAGACAAGGCAAACUCAAUACGUUCGAUAUUUACAAUAUUCAGUAGAUCUGUCAUCGGUUAUAUAACCACUUUUACUAUUUUUAUUUUUUUAUUUUUUUAAGUUCUACCUAACUUUUUAUUUCAAUUUAUAAUAUUUAUAUCCAACAAAUAAUAAUCAAAUUAAUAUAACAA